CGGCUCCAGCGGCAGCGGCAGCGGCGGCAGCUCCGGGCUCCGGGCAUGCAGCUCCCCGCCGUGCCGGGCGCCCUCGCCCUCGCCCUGCUCGCCUUCCCCGUGGCCUUCGGCAUGAACGGCGUGGCCACCCUGGCCGACAGCCCAGGGGCGCUGGUGCUGACGGUGACGCUGGUGCUCGUGGGCCUCUUCUGCAUCGUCUACUUCAUGAGCGGAGGCAGCCACUUCCAGGACCCCCUUUUCUGCGUGUUCGUGGUGUUCGCCUUCACCUCCGCCGUCGACCUGGUCAUCUCGCUGGAGGAGGACGGCUACGUCUCGGGCUUCGUGGAGCUCUACGUGUGGGAGGGCGAGCCGUACCUGCGCACGGCGCACGGCAUCAUGAUCUGCUACUGGGAUGGCGUCGUCCACCACGGCCUCUACCUCGCCAUGAUCGCCGCCAUGAGCCGCCGGAAGAGCUACCGGAACCUGGGUCUCUUCUGGCUGGGCUCCCUGAUGAUGAGCAUCGUCGUCUUCCUCCUCGGCAACCUGAUAGGGAAGUACAGCUCCGACGUCGGCCCGGCGCUCCUGCUCCAGGCGCCCUACGUGCUGCUGCCCGUCUGGGCCGGGGAGAGGCUCCUCCGGCAGCCCAGGGCCCUGCCGAGCCUCGCCGCCGACGCGGUCGCCGAGGAGCAGCGCAAGGGGCUGCACCGGCGGCCCCAGGACCUGGCUCUCGUCCUCUUCUUGAUCCUGGCCGCGGCGUUCACCUUCUUCCGAGGGCUGGUGGUUCUGGACUGUCCGGCCGAGUCAUGCUUCGAGUACAGCUACCAGCACGAGCCCUACCUGCGCGACCCCGUCGCCUACCCCAAGGUGCAGAUGCUGGUGUACCUCUUCUACGCCCUGCCCUUCCUCUGCCUCUGCGUCUACGGGCUGCUGCAGCCCGGCUGCGCCUGGAUGCUCGACGGGAGCCUGGUGUUCGCCGGCGCCGUGGCCCAGAUGCGGCCCUGGGCCGGCGGCACCGCCGCGCUGCUCGUCCUCGCCGGCGUCCUCUCCUCCGCGGCGCUGCCCGGCGCCGGGGGACGCAAGAAGGUGGUGCACGUCCUGGAAGGUGACAGCGGCGCCGUGGUGGUGCAGACGGCCCCGGGCAAGGUGGUGACGCACCGCGGCGGCACCAUCAUCCUGCCCUGCCGCUACCACUACGACGUGGCGGCCCACGACCCCGACGAGAUCCGCCUCAAGUGGACCAAGGUGACGGAGCCCAUGGCCUUCGAGGACGUCUUCGUGGCGCUGGGGGCGGCGCGGCGGGCCUUCGGCAGCUACCGCGGGCGCACGGCCCUGCAGGAGGACGGCUUCGGCGACGCCUCGCUCGUCAUCCGCAACGUCACCCUGCAGGACUACGGCCGCUACGAGUGCGAGGUCACCGACGAGCUCGAGGACGACACCGGCAUGGUCAAGCUGGACCUCGAAGGGGUGAUCUUCCCCUACCACCCGCGCCUGGGCCGCUACACGCUCAACUUCCGCGAGGCGCAGCAGGCGUGCCGGGAGCAGGACGGCAUCCUGGCCUCGCACGACCAGCUGCACCAGGCCUGGCUGGAGGGGCUGGACUGGUGCAACGCCGGCUGGCUGCAGGACGGCUCCGUGCAGUACCCCAUCUCCCGGCCGCGGGAGCAGUGCGGCCGCAAGGACACCCCCGUGGGCGUGCGCAACUACGGCUACCGGCACAAGGACAGCGAGCACUACGACGCCUUCUGCUUCACCUCCAACCUCAACGGCAAGGUGUACUUCCUCAAGACCUUCCGCAAGCUGAGCUACGCCGAGGCGGUGCAGGCCUGCAAGGACAACGGGGCGGCCGUGGCCAAGGUGGGCCAGCUCUACGCCGCCUGGAAGAUCCAGCUGCUGGACCGCUGCGAGGCCGGCUGGGUGGAGGACGGCAGCAUCCGCUACCCCAUCGUCAACCCGCGGGCCCGCUGCGGCGGCCGCGAGCCCGGCGUGCGCAACCUCGGCUUCCCGGACAAGAAGUACAAGCUCUUCGGCGUCUACUGCUUCAAGAAGGCCGGCGAGGCCGCCCCGGCGCGGGCGCCGAGCCCGGGGCACCCCAACCGCGUGUGAGGCGGCCCCGGGCCCCCGGCACCGGCUGCAGAGCGUCGCCCGCGCGGCCCCGAGCUGGAGGAGCCGCCGGCGCGGCGUGCGCCGUGGAGAAGGACGGGUGCUGCCGGGGGAAACUGAGGCACGGCGCAGAAGCAGCGCAUCCCCGCCCCGCGCCGCUGCAGCUGCUGCUCUGUAAAUCAGCGCGUUGCAUGCGCCAACGGCCCUGCCGGAGCAGGGCUGAGCCCCGCCGCCGGGCCCCCCCUCCGCGGGCUUUCGCCGGCCCCCCCGUCCCGCCGGGGCGAGGGGCCCGCUCGGCUUCGGCUUAGCGCGGGAGCAGCCGCGGGGGCCGGGAGCCGCUGCUGGGCACCGGCUCCGGGUCGUUCACAGCGCUAUGGAGCUGCUCCUCGAUGCAAUAAAAGCUUCGGCAGCUUUUGGG